GCGGACCAAGUUGCCUGGGUGCGGGGAGGGGAGGGGGUGGUCCUCUGGUCGCGGAGUAUCGGGGUUGCUUUGGUUGCUGGCGCUAGCUUGAGGCUGUGUUCCAGCCGUUCUCAAAGACAUUCCUUCCGUUCCUGGGGACGUUCCGCCGCGGUUCAGCUGCCUUCCAGGGCGCGCAAUUCCUAUGUCUCUGGGCACGGUGUAAGCAGGUGGGCCGGGCAGUCACUGGGGAAAUAGGCCCCCCGGGGGAGGCAGCGGCGGGGCCAUGGCCCGGAGAUCGGGGCCAGCGCCGGCAGUCUAUGGAGAGGAGUUCACCUUCGUCAGCCCGGUGGUGAAAUACCUGCUCUUUUUCUUCAACAUGCUUUUUUGGGUGAUCUCCAUGGUACUGGUUGCUAUAGGAGUCUAUGCACGGCUAAUGAAGCAUGCAGAGGCAGCUAUGGCUAGCCUGGCAGUGGACCCAGCCAUCCUGCUGAUUACAGUGGGCAUCCUCAUGUUUCUCCUCACUUUCUGUGGCUGCAUUGGAUCCCUUCGUGAAAACAUCUGCCUCCUACAAACAUUCUCUCUCUGCCUCACCAUUGUGUUCCUGCUCCAGUUGGCUGCCGGAGUCCUGGGCUUUGUUUUUUCAGACAAGGCUCGUGGAAAAGUGAGUGAAAUCAUUAACAAUGCCAUCGUACACUACCGAGAUGACCUGGACCUACAGAACCUCAUUGAUUUUGGCCAGAAGGAGUUCCACUGCUGUGGUGGUAUCUCCUACAAGGACUGGUCCCAGAACAUGUAUUUCAAUUGCACAGAAGACAACCCCAGCAGGGAGCGAUGUUCUGUGCCUUUCUCCUGCUGUUUGCACAAAUCCAGACAGACAGUAAUCAACACCAUGUGUGGCCAAGGUAUGCAGGCUCUUGACUACCUGGAGGCUGGUAAAGUCAUCUACACUAACGGCUGCAUUGACAAGCUAGUCAACUGGAUCCACACCAACCUCUUCCUCAUUGGGGGUGUGGCACUGGGUCUAGCCAUCCCUCAGCUGGUGGGCAUCCUGCUAUCUCAGAUCCUUAUUAAUCAGAUCAAAGAUCAGAUCAAGUUACAAUUCUACAAUCGGCAGCACCGGGCUGACCCAUGGUACUGAACAUCCAUCCAUUCCCCCAUCAGGAUGAAAGGUGGGCAUCAUCUACAGACAGCACUGGGCAAAGAACAGAAAUUUGGAUUCCCCUCACCCAGUGAGGUAAAAGCAAGCUGCAGACAGGCAGACAAAGGCAAGACAUGCCAAUGACCUUCAUCACGGGAGGAAGAUCCUCCCUCACCCUGGGCCAUGCCACAGGUUUUUUUAACUGAGAGAAUCUUUUGUUUUGUUUUUGUUUGGGUCUGCUUGGGCUUUUUAAAGUUGCUUUUAAACAAAAAUGUUUUAGAGGAUGCCAGUUGCACAGUGUUGCCCCCUAGUGCAGGCAUCACAGUAACCAGCCCAGUCUUUUCUAUCCCUGGACACUCUCAAAUUAAUGCCAACUAGAUUUGGGCACUGGAGGGAGUACUAUACCAGUAGCCCCUGCCCAGGGUCCAGCUGGCAAGAGUACCAGCUCCAGAAGCUUGACUCUGAGGCAGGGGGAGAGUUGUGAUCACAGGAGUCAAAUGGGGACAGUUAUGUAUGUGUUGGGUAGCACUGUGGAAAGGGAUAUAGCUGCCAACUCCCCAUUCCGUGUUCCCCCUUAGAUAAUCAGGGCCAACUCCAUCCUGACCCCUCCUUCAUUUCCAUGGAAAUAUGGCAACAAGCGGGCAGGGGAAGCUGUGGCAGCCAAAUUUCAUCUAAAGAAAAAAGGGAUAUCUUCUUUGGCUGGUGCCUGGGGACUGUCCCAUCAGCAGCCAAGGUGGAUGUGACAGCCACACACUCUUCCCCUCUCCCUCCUGCCUGGCACUUUCCCCCAUGAGCAGGCAUUUCAAAAAUCUUGGGCACAUGGUGACAUUAAAGACAACAACCUCUUAGCCUCCUCUGCCAA